AUAAACGAUUUAUGUACGUCCUUUUUAACACUCUUAAACUAAUUUUAGAAAGUUACAUUAUGUGGUUGUUAUUGUGCUUUACCCAUCUAUUAAAAUUGAUACUAAACGUAUUAAUGCUGGCUACUGGCUAGUACCCAUAUGUUUAGAAUUAAAAAUAUUAUUUGACGAUCAAAACCAGUUUGCAGUAUUGAAUAUUAGGUAAACUAGACGAGAAUAAUUAUUUAUUAUUCCAUAUACUGUGUUUCUACUUGAAACUUAACACGAAGUAAUAAUCAUGUCGGCUGAAAAUAAGAGCGAGGAAGAUGAAGCCGGGGAAACUUUAGAAGAAGCGGGUGCUCUAGAAGCAGAUGUCGGGGCUAAUUUUGAUCAACAGCUAGCGGGCAUAGACCCAAGACUCAAAAUCGACAUGGAUCCCUUUGCACAUCGUGACUUACGCCCGGAAAUGAUGUUCAUCCGGGAGGAGUUGCGGCAAGCCAAGUGGCAAACUCUUGCCGUACGUCGCACGGCGUUAAAGAAACUUCUGCUGAAGGAUUUCAUGCAAGAGGACUGUGAGUUACGAAACAUCGGGCUCGCCUACGCACCCCCGGACCCUUAGACAAUAUGAGCUCACAACUUUCCUUAAGUAUUAAGGAGGAAUAAACUUUGAUUCGAA